AUGGCAGGAAAUUCAAAAACUUCCCAUCCUCCCCAAAUACUGCAGCCUGAAAGGCACCAGGAUGCGGGGCCCGUAUACGUGCGGGAGGGCGGGAGGCUGCACUUGGUGAGCGGGGUGAAAGCAGCGCCUUUCAGGCUGUUUUCCCGGGGAUUCUCGGUGGAGCUUUGUAUGAACGGGGAGGACGACAGGGCCAGGAGGCAGAGGACCGAGCACUUCAUCUUCACGUACACCAGGGAGGGGAACCUCCGGUACUCGGCCAAGUCCCUGUUCAGCCUCGCGCUGGGCUACAUUUCGGACAACGUCGACCGCGUUGACUCGCUGAUUGGCUUCCCGGAGCAGAUUGCUGAAAAGCUCUUCUCGGCUGCAGAAGCGAGGCAGAAGUUCACAGAACCAGUCACGGGGCUGAGGGCCCUGCAGAAGUUCACCGAGGCCUAUGGCAGUUUGGUGCUGCGUUCCUUAUGCUUGCGGAACGGAUACCUGGUUAUCUCUGAAAAGCUGGAAGAAAUUAAGUCUUUCCGGGAGCUGACAUGUUUGGAUCUCUCCUGUUGUAAACUUGGAGAUGAACACGAGCUGCUGGAACACCUCACCAAAGAGGCUCUGUCUAGUGUAAAACAGCUUCUCCUGAAGGACAACUCCUUAUCAGAUGCAGGCCUGCGCAGGAUGACGGCGCCCGUACGAGUGCUGAAAAAGGGCCUUGAGAAUCUCUUGGUCUUAGACUUGUCUUGUAACCCUAAAAUCACAGAUGUGGGAAUUGGAUACCUUCUUUCUUUCAAGAAGCUGAAUUGUUUGGACAUUUCUGGGACAGGUCUCAAGGACAUUAAUGCUGUUACCAAGCGGAUCCAAACACAGCUGGGCCUGGUUCACUCCAAAGUGCCUCUGAAAGCAUUUGAUCAUAGUAACUGCAGAACAGAGGGAUGGGCAGAGCAGACAGUCUUGCAGUGGGAGCAGGCAGUUAUGGAGGCCAUCAAGCCACAAGACAACUUGAGAUCCAGAACAUCGGCUCUGCGCUUCUAUGGCAAGACACACAGAAUAGAUGAAGUAGUGAGAUGCAAGCUGGUGGAGGCAGAAACAAAAACAUGUGGAAACUUGCAGUUUUAUAAGGAAAAAGUUCAAAAUUGCCAUUUACCUUUGAAAAAGGAGGUUGCAGGCAGCCAUGAAUUAAAGAACAAUAAAAAAAGAGCUUUGGCUGAACAGGAGAGAGAAAGGACUUCCAAACAGAAGCACCUGUGCCUCACUGUGGAGGACUGGGACUUGUUAAAUACCUACUGAGUCAGAAAGAAGCUGGUCUUUUGUUGUUCUCUUGCUGAUGACAGAAUUUAGACCUACUGAAAAGGAGUAACAAAAGAGACCAGGAUUGUUAAAAUCUGGUUGCUGUGAUGUCCUGUGGGUUAACCUGCACUUGGGGGAGGGAGAGAGGCAAGGAGAAGGGUGAUAAUACUACUGUAUAUUUUCAAUACAUAAUAAUUUUUUUGAAAUAAAGUUUUUUGUUGUCAUCCUUA